CGUCAAGCACCGCCCGGUACCGCGUCCCUCCCCUCAUUGUCAGCGCCCGCACCCGCCGCCCGAGCCCCGGAGCCCCUCGCGGGCUGCGGCUGCCCAAGCCCGGGCUGGGAGGGAGCGAAGCCUGGCCGCUCCUGCUGCCCAGGGUGAGAUUGCCUCCACUCAAAGGAACAAUAACAUACUGGAAAUACACAAGGUGUAUACCAUUCACCCAGACUAAGGAAAGCUUUGUUCUAAAAGGAAUAAAAUAAUCAUGGCAGAAUGUACAGGUUACAAGGAAACCUCAAAUCGGCACCUACGUUUCAAAUUGCAGAGCCUCAGUCGCCGCCUUGAUGAACUGGAGGAAGCAACUAAAAAUCUGCAGAAAGCAGAGGAUGAGCUGCUCGACCUCCAGGACAAAGUUAUCCAGGCAGAAGGCAGCAACUCCAGCAUGCUGGCUGACAUUGAAGCCCUGAGGAAAAGAGUGCUGAAGAUUGAAGGCAAGGAUGAAGAAAUUAGGAAGGCUGAAGAGCUUUGCAGAUUAAUGAAAGAAAAGCUUGAAGAGGAGGAGAGCCUCACUCGAGAUCUGAAGUCAGAAAUUGAACUCCUUCAGAGGAGAAUGGCAGAGCUGGAGAAGCUGGAGGAGGCCUUCAGCAGGAGCAAGAAUGACUGUACACAGCUGUGUCUUAGCCUCAAUGAAGAAAAGAACUUGACCAAAAAGAUAUCUACAGAAUUAGAAAUACUUAGAGUGAAAGUGAAAGAACUGGAAUCAUCUGAGGACAGGCUGGAUAAAACUGAGCAGACCUUAACAGCUGAGCUAGAAAAGCUGAAAUCCUUAGCCCUGAGCUUUAUCACAGAAAGAAAACAUUUUAACGAAAGAGAAAAGCAAAAUGAAAAAAUAAUCCAGGAGCUAACACAGAAACUAGAACAAAACAAUAAACUAAAUAGGGCAGAUCAAACUAGAAAUGCAUCCAACUUGCUAGAAAGGUCAUCCAACAAUCUCCUGGACAGAAAUGAUAUGAGAAUUGAAGAUGACUUGACUUCUGCACUGCCUUCUAAAGAGACCAGGAGGAAGGGAAGUGUGGAUUACCUGAAACAUGUAGAAAAUGAAACCAGGAAUAAAUCAGAAAACCAAAAGAAUAAAAACCAGGAAGACAAUAAAGUGAAAGAUCUCACCCAAGAAAUUGAGAAACUUAAAAUUCAGAUAAAACACUUUGAAUCUUUAGAAGAAGAACUUAAAAAAGUGAGAGCCAAAAAUAAUGAUCUGCAAGACAGUUACUUAAGUGAGCAGAAUAAAAACAAACUCUUAACAGGUCAGCUAGAAGAAAUAAAAAUGCAAAUAAAGAAACAGAAAGAGCUGGAGAAUGGAGAAGUUGAAAAUGAAGAUACAAGCUUUUCUAGCAGGGGAAAGCAUGAUAGACCUAAAUACAGAGGUGUCAUGACUGAUUUGGCAGCUGCUAAGCACAAGCCAAGGGAGCUCUCACCACAGCAGCGCCGGGAAAGAGCACGGAACAGAGACUUCUCUCUCAGCAAUGACAGCUACAGCCACAGUGCUAAGAGGGUGCCCAGUCCAAGCUUAAUGAACAGAAAAGCAGGGAAAGCUUCUGCUGCAUCUGCCCUUUCAGACACUGCUGUCACAGAUACAAGAAGAGUGGAAGAGAAAUCUUUAGUUUCCACUGUUUCUUCUGGUCAGAAGGAAGGCUGUGUCAUGCAGAACGAGGGGAAGAGGUCCAAAGAGCAGCCAUCUGUCCUCAGCCGGUAUCCUCCUGCUGCACAGGAGCAGAAGUCUUGGAAAGCACCUUCCAAACCUGUUGGUGAUACAGGCCUGAGAUCCAAGGCUGAAAAGCCAUCUCAGGUGUUCCGUGGGAACUGCCAAAAUGGUGCUGACACACGGGAGGAAAAGUCCAGCAAAGGAGAAUCAACAGGUUCUUUGUCUGAGAAGCUGAAAACAAGUCAGGCUGAAGUCAGUGAGUGCUUGGGGGAUACACAGCUCACAAGGGGGAACCACAGCUCUUCCAAUGGCACAGCCUCAGCAUACAGGUACCACGUGUCCUCCAGCGUGUCAGCCUCAGACUCUGCUGGCUCUAAAGUGGAAGCAGUGAGCACUUUUGCUGCAUCACACAGACAGCCCUCAGAGGGGAGGGCUAGAAGGGCAUUAAUCUCCCAGGAAAGAGAAGCUGCAGACACAUCCCUUGAAAGUGUGAAGCUUUCGACCCUGACAAAGCGUUCCCAUCACUCCAGGAGUCAGGAGGACAUUCUGCAGAUUCUCACUGGUCUUGAUAAAGAAGGCACCGAGCAGUCUUCAAGUUCAGCAGCAGAUCAUGUAAAUAUGGGUUUAAAAACUGACUCCAAAACCAUCCAGGGUAACCAGGAAAAACUUAAUUCUGAUGAAGAAUCAGGGAGAGGCAAAAAACUGACCACUCAGGCAGAUUUUGAGACAAGAAAGAAAGUCAGUUCCAAGCAGUUCUCCAAUUCCAGGGGAGUUUUUAGAGCAUCACUUUUUGAAAAUGACAAAAAAACUGUGAAUGAUGAAGACUCUACCAAGUGCAUAAAACCAUUAGAUGCCAGCACUGGAGAACUGAAAUCCAGAAGAUCCUUCAGCCCUAGAGAAGCUCUGAGAUCAAAAGCCAUCAUUAAACCUGCAAUUGUUGAGAAAGAUAUGAAGGCAAUCAUGGGAGGGACUGUUUCAGAGGCAGAGCCAGAAAAACAGAAGUCUGCUUUUAAAAUGGUAACAAAUAAAAUGACAAGCAGCAUCACAAUCUUUCCUUCUGAGCCAACAGCUCCAAGGACCACUGCAGAUACAGCAGCAAAGGAAAGGCAUGUUGCCACCAGCAACAUCAGAGUUGCUUCAAAUGAGCCUUCACCAUCCAUAACAAACAAUGUCCCUUCACCCUUUGAGGUGUCAGUUAACAGAAGUGCUCUGAAGUCAUCUGAGGCAGACAGAAGUGGAGAGGCAGUGCCAAGAAGUAAAGCUGAAACAGUGGUGUCGAGAAGCAGCAUUAUGCUAAAGACUUCUGAACUCACAGAGAGGAACAGUGAGACACCUUUGGAGACAAUCAGCUGGAAGAGCCACGGCUCGUCAGAUGCAGGUUCCUCCGAAACAAAGCACGUCACUGUCAGAAGUUCCUGGAGAACAAGGCAAGGCCUGCAUUCCCUGGAGGACUCUCAAACCAAAGUGGAGAAAAGUGCAACUUUCAGUGCCACAAACUUGUGUAGAUCCUCAGUGGACCUUUUAGAGGGGGAAGGGAGUAGUUCAAAACCAGACUUCCUGGAGCAGACUUCAUCAAGGACAAGUGCCACAGCUAAUUCUUGGAGUGCCCCUGAGCUGGGGUCCCGAAGGACCAAAAGUAACUUAAGUGCAUCUGAGCUGCUGCCACGCAGGAGCUGUGCCACUGACCCUGCAGCAGCUGCUGCUUGGCAGCGCAGCACGCCACCUGAUGAGAGCAAGGAUUUUGUGUCCAGUUCCAGAAGGAAGCAGUAUGGCUCUUCUGAGUACCUCCUCCAGGCUGACACUCUGGGCAAAAGGACAGCCACCAAGGUGGAGCUGCAGGACCCUGAAUCCAGCUCCCCUGCACCACCAGGGCUCCAAGGAGAGGAGCAGGGCGCUGCCCGGGCUGGCCGGACAUCUCGGAGAUGAGCUGCAUCCCCUUCUCAGUGACCAUGGUGGAGCAAGAGGCAGGAGAGUACCAAGCUCACAGGCAUCAGCACCCGUUUGUAACCUCUCCUGAGGCUUCAACUAGCCUGGAACCAGUUUUGUAAUGCAGUUUGAAAGGUACAAGAGCUUUACCAGUGAAUUCUUUUUCUUCGUUGCUGAAGAGGCAGCUGCAGAGACUUUGCUCAGGGGACUCCCACUUCUCAUCUCUGUACCUGCCAUCUUAAUCUUCCCUGUAGGAUGAUAGGUCUGUCUCCAUAUGGAAAGUCUGACUACCUAGCCUCUCUGAACAAUGGUACUCCUUGCACAAGAGAGAACUUUUUGUUCACUUCAUUCACAGAGGAUCCCAGCAGUGUCCCUGUGAUUGCAUCCACCAGCCCAUCAAGCUGUCCACCACAACUGAAGGUUUCAGUUCCUAUGGAGAGUUUGCAUUCUCCUAACACACCCUUGCUGCCUGGGGUGGUGGUCACCUCAGCACCUGUGUUUCCAGCACCCUUAGUCUCUAGGCAAGAGGAGACUGUUCCCCAGUGGUUACUUUACAAGUUGAGAGGGAAGGAGAGCAGAAAAUGCUCUUUAGAAGGAGUUGGUUCCCUAUCACUGUCAGUCUCUGCAACAAGCUUUGCAUGAUCCAUUCAUCACCAGUUGAGAUCCUGCACCAAGAAAUCAUCCAGUGAGCCAGACCAACACAGCAGUGACACCUCCUCCUCCUGGGACCAGGGUGCCAUUUAUCUGGAGCUUUGUGUGUUACACUCUGCAGGCAACAACUCUGUGGCUUGUGCAAGGCAGUUGAGCCCUACGAGAACAAGAAAAAAGUGCUUUUCCUCACAGACAAGCAGAACAUCCUCGCUCCUUCCCACUCAGGGUGGAGACAGCUGCACUGGACCCUAAGCUGAUCUGUGGUAGCUUUGGUCUGUGCCUCAACCCCUGUCUGCCAUGCCUGGGACCCAGCUAUGGUCAGAGACUGCUCAAACACAGAGCUGUGUGUCCCCACCAGUGCAGCUGCUGGCACUGUGGGGCAGACACGUCCCCACAGCUCCAGGAGGUGCUCAGGUCAUCAGCAGCAUUGUCCUGAGCAAGGUGAGUGCACCUGGCUCUCACAGCAGGGCUCUGACACUCCUUCCUUUCCAUCCCAUCCCAUCCCAGCUGCUGGGCUGGCCCCUACACAAACACCCCUGGUCCUGCCUGUCCCUCUGUGCAGCAGGACAAGGAGAAUGCUCCAGCCAGAGAAGGUCCUUGAUCUGUUUCAGAGGUGCUGUGGGAAGAGCUGCACCCCAACAGCUCCCCUGAGCUGCACCCACUCUUGUGCCCAUAUCCCCCCUCUGGAGGGGCAGCUACCAGACUGCCUGUGCUGCACCUCCCUGUGCUGCAGCUCCUCCCUGGCCUGGGAAAUGCACACCUCAAUUCUGAGAAGAAAAUUAAUCAAAAAAAGAAAAAGGAAAAAAGCAAUAGAGCUGGUUGCAAAAUAUCUAUGAAAACAUUUAUAUAAAAGGGAUGUGUUUUAGUGACAUGAAUAUUUUUUUUAUAAAGAUUGUUUGGAGGAAGGGAAAAAUUAUUUUUGAAAAAAAAAAGUUUCUUUUUGGAAUUUUAAAGAUGUUUUCCCAAGUGUAGAUUUUUAACCCUUCAUUUUAUUCUUCUACAUAUCAUGACAUAUGUGUCAACUUGCAUUACAAGACAAAAAGAUGCUUUUAAAUUAGUACUGAGUGGCAGCUCUAAUAAUCUUUAAAUUAUAUUAAAAUAAAUUGUAUUAACUGCUCUCUCUUACCAUUGACAUGGUAGUGCUAGUAGAAUGAGAUAAUGGGAAAAAAAUUUAAACUCAAACUAAAAAUGAAAGCAAGUGAAAUUCUGAAGCUAAAUUCAGACUUCUUACUGCCUCCCCCUGCCCCGUGUUUAUCAGGAAGGAUUGGAAAUCCUUAUGGCUUGUGCAGUCUGAAACCAGUGGAUGUGACAGUCCUGUGCAGUGGCUGUGUCCUUCCCUUCUUCCCUUGCCUCUGUGUGCCCUGCUCCGUGCCCAGCAGUGCCCAGCUCUGCCCUGCCCUGCCCUGCCCACCACAGGCUGCUGCCUCUGGCUCUGCCCCUCCAAACGAAUCCUGCUGCCUCAGCUGCCCAAGUGCCUCACACUGCACCUGCCUGCUCACCCUGGGAGCAGCUGGAGGCAUCUUGGCACGUCCCUGCCUCUUCAGAUGUCACAGGGAUUCCCUCUCUGCUGCUGGGCAGCUCUCCAGCUGUCACCUGGACCAGCCACAGAGGCACUGCUGGGCACUGCUGGGCACUGCUGCUGUGCCCCCAGACCCCUGCAGGGCCUGGGGCUCCCCUGCCCCUGGUCAGUGCUGCCCAGCUCCUGCAGCCUGCACAAACUGCUGGACAGCAGACACACUGAGGAGGACAAGGGUCACUCUGGGCAGUGACUGAAGGCCCUCCCUGACAGUCCCAGCCCCAUCCUGCUGCAGGACACGGCUCCACACUCCACAGGACGUCCCUGCACAUCCAGCAGCUUCCUCCUCCUCACCCUGGCGUGGCUGUGGCUCAGCACGGUGCUCCCAGAGCCUCCCAAGGGAAGUGGCUUCAGCUGUGGCAAGGAAAUCUCUGCAAGUGGGGUGAGCAGAGCCUUCCCUGAGCCGACCCACAGAACCCUGGCUCACCCAUCAGCUUUUCAACCCCACUGCUGGCCCCAAGAACACAGCCCCGUGUCUGAAGAGCAAGGGAAGAACCACCAGCAGCAACAGCUGUUGGGUUUUCUCCUUCUGUCAGCCAGGACCAGGCUUUGCCCAGGCAAAGGGAGGGCUGUACCCUGCUGCUCAGCUGGCUUAGCCCCAGCUCUUGCCCCAGCAACACAGCGCUGCUGGCACUGUCUUCAGGUGCUCCUCACAGAUGAUGUCUCUCCUUUCUCCAGCUGCCUCAGUUAUUUGUUCAAUACUUUACAGCAGACACCUUGAACUCCUGCUCUAGACUCAGUUUUCACUGCUUGUAAAUACUGGACACAGAUGUCACUUGGUAACUGCACACUGGUUGUUUUUACCACAGCUGAGAUUAAAUCUGAGAAAGAAAACCCUACCUAGUAUGGAAAGGGGCCAUGCCCUCUAGUCAAUGAGUGCAAUAGGAGCUGAUUGUAUUAUUAAUCUUAUAGCAAUGACUUCAGGAAACACAAUGUGUUUACUCGAAUUGCACACUUUUUUUGAACAGCUGUAAAAUAGAGUAUAUGUGUAAAUAUUGCCAUCACUGAAGAAGUAUUUGUAAUUUUAGCAUAUAAAUAUAACCUGCUUUCCAGGAGGCUUGAUGCUGCACAAGGGCAGGCAUCGAGCCCUCGGGUAAUUCCAAAGUUGUAAAUGUAUUUGCUGUACAGAGGAAGUGUGUCAGUGCUUGCUGCUCCCAAGGAACCUCAGCUGCUGGUCCCUUUUGGAGAGCCAGUGCUUUCCCCAGAAGGGCUGGCUCCAGUCUGAGGGCCCAGCAGCUCACUGCUUCAUGAACCGGCUUCCCUCACGUCUGAACACCUCUGCAGCUGCAGAGCUGCCUGUCCAGCUCCUUGGAGGGUCUGGUGACAGCCUGGCCCCUGCUGCUGUGAGUGCAGCCUCUGGGCAGGCCCCCAGCAAGGGAAAAGGGCUGGAAGCACAGGGCAGAGCCAUGUGCCUUGCUGCUUCAAGAGACACUUGACACAAGCAAUUUCCCAGCUCCAGGAUGAAGCAAUAGUCUCGCUGGUGUCAGCUCUAAGGUAGCAGACCUCAUCUCUGCCCCCCUUGCACACGGCUGAAGCAAUCAGGGCACUGCUCCAGGCCAGCCCCCAGGCUGAGCUGUGAACAGAACACGAAGCCAUUGUCAGCAGCUGCCUCCCAUGGUCAGAACCCAGGGCCCAAAGGAUCCCCCUGGGCUGCCCCACAUGCAGUGCCGGCUCCUGCUGGGGGGAAGCAGCACUCCAGGCUGCAUGGAAUGUAUUUUUAAAAGAAUAAAUCUAUUUUUUUGUAUUUGUGAACAUAUAUUUGGGUGGGGCAGCUUAGUUAGAAGACAAAUAAUGCAAGAAAUCUUUUCAUAAACACAGGUUCAUCCAAGUUAAGCAGAUUUUCCAGGGUUGCAGUAUUGCCUUUUCCCCUAAAAUAAACUUUGUGUCCAAUAGAGCUAUGAGCAGUGUUCCACCCUUAGAACUUGCCCUGUCUCAGCAUGCUGAGUAGAGGAAGGCCAGUACUUUGCUCCCAUGCUGCCCAUGCAGUGGAUACAGAUGGUGCUCACCUCCUUCAGCGACACAGUGCUCUUAGUCUGCAUGCCAAAUGUAAACACACUCUUAUCUGCAUGUCUCUCCUGAUCAAACACUGUCAGUGCUACAGUAUAUAACCAAUAAACACUCUUCUCUUUUUA